AUGGCUGGGUGUUGUGGUACAAGCACACGUCUUAAACUCAGACUUGGCUUCACGUUCAAAGUCCUGUGGGUGCUUUACGCGAUCCUGGAUGCGGCCGGAUCCCAAGAGAUUUACGCGCCGCACUCGAUCCGCGUGGAGGGAGACGUGACGCUGGGGGGGCUCUUCCCGGUCCACGCCAGGGGGGUCCCAGGGAUUCCUUGUGGCGACAUCAAGAAGGAAAACGGAAUUCACAGACUGGAAGCGAUGAUGUACGCGCUGGAUCAGAUCAACGGGGACCAGGAUCUGCUGCCCAACAUCACCUUGGGAGCGCGCAUCCUGGACACUUGCUCCAGAGACACGUACGCGCUCGAACAGUCGCUGACUUUUGUCCAGGCGCUGAUCCAGAAGGACACUUCGGAUGUGAGGUGCACGAACGGAGAGCCACCGCUGUUUGUCAAACCGGAGAAAGUUGUGGGGGUGGUGGGAGCCUCUGCCAGCUCCGUGUCGAUCAUGGUGGCCAACAUUCUGCGCCUCUUCCAGACCGGUGGAGCUCCUGGUUUGCAUGCACCAUCUUUCUGCAUCCUCUGA